UCUUCGCGCAAACAACCGCACACCACCUGCUCGAUCAAUUUCCCCGCUCACCUCCGCCCGUGCUGAUGAGCUUUCUCGCCGGGCGCCUCGCCGCACAGGAGGGUGCGUACUUCCUCCAGGAGUCCAGGAACGCCGCCGGCCGCCUCGCGCAGAAGCUCCCGGCGUCCGAACAUGGGCCCAGGCCGGCACCCCCGCCUCCGUCGCCCGACGUGCUGCCGGAGAUCCUCCGCCACUCCAUGCCUUUACGGCCCACGCCGCCUCCGCCCGACCCAACCCUGUACGGUUCCACCCGCUGGGCCCUCCCACCAGGCGGCGCGGAGGCUGCCGGGGUGUCCCCCGACGUGCUCAACCCGCUCCGGUCGUACGUCGCGCUGCCGCAGGCCACCUUCGGCAUCGGCCCCAAAAGAUGGAAACUUCCAACUGACAGACAUUACUAUUCACCAUCAAGCACCAUUGAUCCGCGACGUGAUAUGCAUCCUCCUCCCAUGGACCCUGAGAAGUUGAAGGCCAUAAUUGCUAGAUACUCACAGGUUGGAAAGGCGCUCCUUAGCAUUGCUGGGACUGUAUUGGUGAUUGGAGAAGCAACAGCUGAGCUGCUGUGCACGGCCAAUAAGCUUCAGUUGCAUUCUGUCGACGACGUCAGAGCUAAAGGAAAAGAACAUGCUGAUAUGAUCAAAGUACAGCUAACUCCACUAAGGAAAUGGGCUGAAGACACGUCCCAAAAAUGGCACUACAAAGGCAAGAAAGUGUCCAAGGAGAAGCCUGUCCUUGAUAGAGAGCUUUCAAGAGCACUCAGCGCUAAGAAGCCUCCGAAUUGAUCAAUACAUACAACCGGUUGUUGUUGUUGUUGUUGACAAACACAAGUUGAUACAGCUAUCCAUCAUUACGAAACUCCUUGUUGUAUCAUGUAAGUCCACCAUUAUAAAACUUCUCGUUUGUUUUGUUUUACAUGUUUACCUUGUCUAUAUGUGUAAGAUUAUAAGGAACCAAACCCAUGUAGAUAUGUAAUAUGUUACCCAUAUAUUGAAUAAGGCACAGAUCAUUUUGACGUGGGAAGCCGGCCUAUAGCUGUAUGAGCUUGUGUUUGUCAUAUCUGGAGCUCUUAACGUCUAAUUUGCCACACUGGUGAAGAGAAACAGUACACGAGUAUGAGGCUACUAGAGUUACGCGAAAAGGUCCACAGAGAUAAUUAUUAUUUUUGCUUUGGGAUAUCGAUAAGGGCAUUGCUGCAUCACACGAAAAAUAUAGUAUACUGAUUUUCCUAACAGUGGGGGGUUCCCCAACUGAAUUUGAUCUCAUCCAAAGAAAAUAUUGGUCCAAUUUAUAAAGAAAACCAUAUCGAAGACCAUACAGGCCAAGGGGCAACACAUCAUGCCAAAGCAAGAACAAAGAAAACGCAAAAACACCCCAAACAUAGUUAGAGCACAACGUAAAAGGCAACUACUAGAGGACAUGUGGAUGAGGGAGCAACACAGAUUA